CAUCACCGAUUGGUGGUUGCCAUGGCUGCGGGCUCUCAGCUUGGCAACAUGGCGUCGUCCGGGCGGCAAAGAUUGCCGCUUUUUCUCCUCUGGAAUAUUGCGGGCUUGUGAAUCAGACGCGUCCUCGGGAUGAGCUCUCUGUCGCUACUCGGCCUUCUGUGGGGAUUUCUCCUGCUGCAGGACGUCCUGAAACCGCUGCGUGGGGACCCGGUUUUUAUUCCAUCUUUCAUACGAAUGUCCAGCCCUGAGGUCAGCGCGUCCCUGGUCGGAGGCGGUGAGGACGUCACCGUCUCUCUGAUUCCGCUGCAGGUCGAGAAAGGAGUGUUGCCAGUUCCUACUUGUGGUGGUCUCAGCAAUGAGACAGGAGAUUGGAAUGUGACUGUUAGCCCCGGUGUGAACGCACUGGAAGUGACAGUCCGGUGGAAGAGGGGCCUGGACCGGUGCUUCUCAAAUGAGACUGCCUCCUUCUCAGAGCUCCCGUGCUUCGUGCAGACGCUGCUGGUUUCGGCAUCCCACAAUGCAUCCUGUUUAGCACAUCUGCUCAUUCAGGUGGAGAUUUAUCCCAAUGCAUCUGUGACCCACAAUGCAUCAGAUAACAUGACCGUCAUUCCUAACCAAGUCUAUCAGCCUCUGGGUCCCUGCCCUUGCGACUUGACAGCCAAAGCCUGUGACAUUCGCUGCUGCUGUGACCAAGACUGCCAGCCGGAAGUAAAGGAGCUGUUCCAGCAGUCCUGCUUCUCCGGUGUGUUCGGAGGGGACGUCAACCCUCCCUUCGACCAGCGCUGUGCCGUGGGCACCACUCAUGAGACCCCAGACUGGUUUCCUUUCCUGUGUGUGCAGUCGCCCCCCUCCACCUCGCCUUUCCUUGGUGACUUCUAUCAUGGUGCCACUUCCCCUAGACGUGACCCUGCCUUUGAAGCCCAUCUGCACCUUGACCUAAGAGACUUCACUGAUGCUGGCUACAAACAAGGAGAUCCCAUCAUGACCACAAUGGGGUAUUUUACCAUCCCUCAGGUCUCCCUGGCUGGACAGUGUCUGCAGGAUGCUCCAGUGGCUUUCCUGAGGAAUUUUGAUAUUAAAUGUACCAUCAGUCUGGAAGUGCACCGAGAACGAGAUGGCACCGUCCCUGAGACUAUGAAGAUUCGCACGGCGGGAGGUCUGGUCACACCAAGAGUAAGCUAUGAGGAAGCCGCUGAUCUGGACAAACGCAUCUCCAGUUCAGACACACUUCUAAACAGUGGAUCUGCCUCCAGAAAUGUGAGCCUUGAAGAGCAUUACGUUUUCAGAUGGCAAAAUAAUUCUAUCAGCGGACUAGACAUCACAGUCAUCAGGGCAGAGAUCAGUGCCCACCAGAAAGGAACAGUGGUCCAAAGAUUCACAGUGAAGUUUUUAAGCCAUGACAGUGGUGAUGAGAAGGAAUCUUCUGGAAACCCAGGUUACCAGCUUGGCAAGCCGGUCCGAGCCCUGCAUACCGAUGGGAUGAAUGUCACUGCGUUGCACCUCUGGCAGCCAGCUGGAAGGGGCUUGUGCACAUCAGCCGCUCUCCGACCCAUUUUAUUUGGAGAGAAUGUACUUGCCGGCUGCCUUUUGGAGGUUGGGAUUAAUGAGAACUGUACGCAGCUCCGGGAGAAUGUCCUCCAGAGGCUGGAUUUGCUGAUACAAGCAACUCACGUCGCGAGGAGAGGCAACUCGGAUUACAGCGAUCUGAGUGAUGGCUGGCUGGAGAUCAUACGUGUUGACGCCCCUGAGGCAGAUGCUGAUCUGCCCCUGAGCAGCGCAAAUGGCAUCUGCCCAGAAGUUCCUGCCCAGCUCACUGUCCGCAUCCUCAUUGCCGAAGCUGGUUCUGUGGAAGGGGUGGCUCAGCAUGAGAUCCUUGGCGUGGAGAUGAGGGUCUCCACCGUGACCUGGCAGUACCAGUGUGGGCUCACCUGUGAGGACAAGGCCGCUCUUCUCCCUCUCAGUGCUUCGGUUCAGUUCAUUAAGAUCCCUGCGCAGAUGCCCCGCCCUCCAACGAGAUUCCAGAUCAACUUCACAGAGUAUGACUGUACCCGGAAUGAGCUGUGUUGGCCUCAACUUCUGUACCCUCUGACCCAAUAUUACCAAGGGGAGCCCCAUUCCCAGUGCGUUGCCAAAGGCCUAGUGCUGCUGUCCCUCCUUCUGCUGGCCACACUCGUCAGCCAUCCUUGGAUGAGACUGUGCAGAGGCUGGUACUCAACUCCCAUCUUCCACUGAGUUUGCUCGAAGACUGAGCGCGCACUCAGUGGCUCCCUGUAGGUCUGUGUGCCUCUCUGAAACCGUUUGUUUGAGACAGGGUCUCACUAUGUAGCUCCAGCUGGCCUCUAAGUGCUUUGGGAUCUUCCUGCUUCUGCCUUCAGAGUGCUGGGACUGAAGGUGUGCACCACCGUGCCUAGCCUCCCUGUAUCAUUUUAAUAAACAAAAUGUCUAUUU